AUGUCAACCCACACCUUCCCGCUCAAAACCCCUAAUGGCCGCGAACUUCUCGGCGGCGAUCUCCUCGCGCAGUCCCUCCUCGCCCUUGACGUACGCGUCGCCUUCGGUCUCCAUGGUGGCCAUCUCGAUGCCUUCCUAAUGGGAUGUGUGGACAUUGGCAUCGAGCUCAUUGAUACCAGACAUGAAACUGCAGCUAUUCAAGCUGCGGAGGGCUUUUCCAAAGUGAGUGGGAAGACUGGGUGUUGUUUUGUGACGGCGAAUAGUGGUUUUUGCAAUGGACUCCCAGGGCUGGCAACAGCAUUCGCAGACCGCAGUCCAAUCCUCUGCAUAACAUCCUCGCCCCCCCUACGCGACGCGGAAACAAACGCGCUCCAAGGUUUCCAUGACCAAGUAGUGCUAUCGAAACCUAUUACAAAAUUCUGUCUUCGGGUUACCAGCGUUGGUGAGAUCCCGCGGCUCGUGAGUCUUGCCUGGAGAACAGCGAGUGCAGGCCCCCCUGGACCCACGUUACUGGAUUUCCCGAUCGAUGUCCUGUUUACGCCGGUUAGAGAGGAGGAUGUGGCGUGGGGUGGGAUAACGGCGCCAAUGGUUGCGGUGCCGGGACCAGGUGGCCGGGCUGUGAGGGAUGUGAUAGGGAUGGUGAAGGCAAGUGUGAGGCCGGUUGUAAUUGUUGGAACCGGGGCGAAAGGAGCCGUCGAGAAAACUAUCUCCCUCGCCGAAAAAAUCGGCAUCCCCAUCUUCCACACUCCCAAAUUCAGCACCGCCAUCCCGUUCUCACACCCCUUCUGUGCCGGCUCAGCCCUAACCUUAGGUCUUCUCACCGCAACCAACAAGCCGCAACCAGACCUUGUCAUCAUUCUCGGAGCCCGUACAGGCUUCCUACUUGGUGGGAGAGGCGGCGCCAUCAUCCCAACCUCUGACUGCAGAAUCGUCCAAGUUGACAUCGACGGCUCUGAAAUUGGACGUUCGGAGCAUGUGGAUUUGGGUAUUGUAUCAGAUAUCGAGUUAUUUACAUCCGCGCUGUUGAAGGAGGUGGAAGCUAGCGAGAAAUUUAGAGUUCCUGAAGAGUGGAUUCGCACGGCAUUGAGUUUAAAGUCAUUCCGCGCGCCGCAUAAUGAGAAAGAACCGAUUUUGGACACGACUAAUGGCCAUUUACAUCCGUACCACGCGGUCAAAAAGCUGUUCCAGUGCAUCCCAGACGAUAGUAUCGUUUGCAUUGAUGGUGGCGAAUCGGGAGGUUGGGCAUUGCAGUGUUUGCCAGAAGCGCACGCGCAUUUGAGCAUGGUAUGUACAGGCUACCUCGGGUUUCUGGGGAACGGGUGGGGAUAUGCGCUUGGGGCUGCGGUUGCGGACAAGAGUAGGCUUGUGGUGAAUAUGCAGGGUGAUGGGAGUGCGGGAUUUCAUAUCGCGGAGUUAGAUACUUACGCAAAGUUUGGGCUGAGGGUGUUGACGGUAGUUGUGAAUAAUAGUUGUUGGGGUAUGAGCUGUGCGGGCCAGGAACUCAUCUACGGAAAUAUUUCCGACGCUCGACCCGCUGCGAAACUCCGCCCAGAGACUCGAUACGACAUCAUAGCCGAAGGGUUCGGCGUCUCUAGCACAAUUAUAGAUGCUACGGAAACUAUUCCGCCAUCUCCAUCAGAUACCCGUAGGAAAUCGUUCAAGGAGCUUGGCUUUAGCGAAGACGAGAAGAGCAAGAAGGUAUUGGAUGCGAUUGGCGCGGCUGUGGAUGAGGUGGUGCACAUGGAUGGACCAGGAUUGAUUGACCUGAGAGUAAGUCCAUAUCCUUUCCAGGAUAUGACGAUGGGGAUGGUGGGUGCGACGAAUGAUCCAGAUGUGAUCGUUGUGCCGUAUUAUGAUAAUUUGCCGAGGCCGUAUUACAAAGAGAAGAAAAAUGUGCGCAUUAAUUAAAGGAGGAACGUGGAACGUAAUCCCUGUAAAUAUGAUAACGACGAGGUGAUUUAAGGGAUAUCAGGUUGGAUAAGUGGAUGAUAAUAUUUUGUGCG